GUCACGUGUUGCACUUUUCCGCGAACUUGAUAAGUAGUUAAAUCGAAAGUAUAUGGAAACUGGAACUUCGUUGUCUUUUAUAGAAUCAAAAUAGAAAUAUAAAAUGUUUGGUUCGAAGAGAAAACUUUAUAAUUACUAUUUCCGAUGUCUUCCGAUAGCGAAAAACAUCAACUAUAAAGACCUUCCCGUUUCGUUAAGUGCGAAAAUAGAAGAAUUAAUCUAUAAUGAAAGUAAUCGAAUAUCGCAACUGAAGAAUUUAAUGGCAAAACUCAAAAUUACUAAGGUUAAAGAAGUUCCGGAGGAUUCUGCUGCUUUCAUUCUACUCAUGACUGAAUAUCUAAGAGAUACAAAGGCAACAUUAGGAAGUAUUCUGGCAGUGUUGAUGAGUUGUAAACGGACUGAUAUAUUAUUAAAAAUUAAUGAUCAAGUUGAUGAAAUCAUAAAAGAGUACGGAAAGAGAACAGAAGAUGUUUCAAAUUUAUCUGAAGAAAAUGUUAAUAAGCCAGAUGAAGAAGAGCUUAUUGGAUCUGAUUUUGAAUCGGAUGGUGCUUUGCAAGAAACUUCGUUUUCUGAAUCAUCAUCAGUUGCAUUUGAUAGUAUUACCUCAACCAAUUAUUCAAAAGAAAAUGCCCAAAAUUCUUUAUUAGAUAAAGAAACACCAAAGCAGAUAUCAAAUUAUCAUUCUGAUAAAAAAGUGUUUUAUGACCCAGAAAUAGAUGAUGAUAAUUGUUCAUUAUUUUCCAAUGAUCAGAAGGAAUAUAAUUCAAAAGUUAAAAAUGAACGCAGAAGAACAGCAUUAAGAAACAAAUUAAAAAUUAUUAUAAAUGAUUUUUCAGAAGAAGAAUAUUUUGAUGAUGAUGAUCAUCAUCAUCAUCAUCAAAAUCCGGAAUUUCCAGAUUUUUCAAUAACAGAAUAUUCUGAUAGUUGUGAAAAUUCUGAUGUUGAUUCUGUUGAUCAUGCAGCAAUGCAUCCUGAAUAUGUAGUUGAGAAAGAUAAUCUACAAGAUGACAUUAUAAACACUGGUAAAGGAUUGCAGACAUUACAUAUAAUAGACCAUCGAUCUUUUAAUGAAAGUAAAAGUCUUGAAACAACAUUUAGCAGUCAGAAUAAACUUAAUGAAAAAAUUGAAGAAAAAGACAAAGCUAUAAGAUCGCUUCAUGAAUUUGAAAAUCAAAAUUUAAAUCUUGCACAAAGUAUUGAAAUAUCAGAUGAAAAAUUAUUCUCAUCAAUUAUAGACCAAUUUUUUCCUAUGUCUGUUAAUUACAGACAAACAAAAAUUUUUAUUUUUCAUUCAGAUAAAAAUAAUAAUGAUGCUUUUGGACUAAGCAAAAGUUUAAAUGAAUGUAAUUUUCAGGCAUUUGCAAUGGAACAACUUCCUUCUGUAUUGUUAAUGAAUUUUUGUUGUUUCGUCCAAUUUAUAGUUGACUGGGCCGACAUCAUUAUCCCAUUAAUCACAAACGAAUUUCUACAGGAUAUUGAAAAUAGAGAUGAAAAUCAAAUAUCAAGUGUGAAUAGUUCCAAUGUAAAAUAUGUAUAUAAUCGUUUACAAACGGAUUAUUUGAACAGCGGUUCCAUAAAUUUACACUUAAUCCCAGUUGUAAAGGAAGGUACGAGUAUGAAGUUUCGUAAACAUCCGGAAUUGAGAAUGGCUAAAGUACUAUGGAGAGAAUUUAGCAGCUUAUGUAAUCUUAUCUCUCCCUUCCAUAAUAGCACAAAAAUUCAAAGAAAAAUUCAAAAUGAUGUUCUACUUCAUUCCUGUGUUUGAAAACCAUUUUAAUCGAUAAUGUGAAGGUAAACUGACAUAUGCUUUUUUAUAUACAAAUAACUAAAUAUUGAAUAUUUAUCAAUUGUUUACAGUGUUUUCCAAAAGCACACUGUUGUUAAGAAACAUUACUGACAAUGAUCAGUAAUUUUGAUCAAGUUAAACAACUUAUCUAAUUGUUUCUGUUAAAAUGUCAAUAUCAAAUGAGAGGACAAAAUGAAAUGGUAUAAUUCAAGUCAUUUUAAUUAUUAUGAACUGUGUCAAACAAUUUUGUUAAUUAUAUUUUAUCUAAUAUUUAAUA